UGCUUGCUUUACCAUUCAUCUGCAGCGGCAUUCAUUCGAUUUUCUUGGGUAAGGCAAAUAAAAUUUUUCUAAAGGCCACCAACUCUGUGUGAUCCUUUUAAAAACUCCACCAAGCCCUAAAGAAACUCCAAAAGUCCCCAUAAAAUCGCACCAAACACUCAAGGACACUUGGAUAAAGUGGAUUUUAUUGUACUGAAGAAGGCCCAAUUAAGCGACGCGCUACGUUUUUCGUACGCAUCAGUUGUUGUUUGCCAAAUUACAAAUAAAAUUAAACAAAAUAAAAACAAGAGUGUAGUUUAAAAAGUCGGGUUUUUCGUCAAUUUAAAAACAGUUAUCAAUGGUAAAAUUGUGUAAAUAAGUAAAAAAUGUAUAGAAUAAUCGAGUGCGAAAAAAAAGACCAUUAACAUUCUCGCUGUUGUUCGACUUCGACUUCGCCUUCGCCAAAAAAAAGUCUAAAAAAUGGUGCAAGACAAUCGCCUUAUUGUUUCGCGCAUCCAUUUCGCGGUCGUAAUGUUAUGGCCAACGUUUUCAAUUCAAGUUUAUUUUUGUUAAUUUAAAUAGUUUUUUUUUUCUGUAUAAAAAUAAAAAAUAAAUUCUCUAAAAAGUAUCAAGAAUGUGUUCCAGCAGGGAUUUUCAAUAAUGAAAAUAUUUAUCCAAAAAUGUUGAAGAUUGUUGAUUUUGAGAAGCAUCGAAGCUUGCUUCUAAUCACCGGAAGAUUCCCAGAGCUCAAAGAUGGACUCAGAAGAUGAGUCACGUCCUGGAUCGUCGGCGUCGAACUCGUCGGAUUCAUCGGAUGAUAAUAAUUCGGAGAAUAAUUCACGUGCAUCAAGUCCAGAAGCGCCAAAACGCUCGAAAUCUGGAUCGGUUAAAUCGGCGGCGUCAGUUAAGUCGGCCACAUCAAUGAAAUCCGGAUCGAAUAAGUCAGGAUCGGCAAGUCCUCAGUCGGGUGGGGAACGAGCAGUAUCGCGGUCGUCUCGUGUAAGUUCACGUUCUUCAAGAGCAUCAUCCAAAUCGAACUCAGGUUCCUCAUCGUCUUCGUCGUCAUCAUCGAGCGAUGAAGAUGACGAAGCUGGAAGCGCCAAAGAGAACAACAAGUCGCCCAGCAAACCUGCUUCAUCUAGAUCGAGCAGCGAAGAGAGUGGUGCACAGCGGCCGGGCGCAGUGUCUCGCAACCAAUCCAUUUCCCCUGUGAGACGAAAAUCCCGAAGUUCAAGGAACUCUAGUGUGUCAAGUGCUGGUGGAAGCUUAGAUGAUCACCGCGAGGAUGGUGCUAUAAACAUGAGCCACGAAGACCUGAGCGAUGUUAGCGAGAUGGAUUCCGAAAAGCGUGUGGAUCAAGCAAUCAAAGAAACCACAAAGAUGUCUGUUGAAGAUGAAGCCACUAACGGUUCUGUAUCAAAUACAAAUGAACCCGAACGGCAACCAGAAAUAGAGGAAGUGGAAAGUAAGGAACAAGUGACUGAGGAAAAGAACUCUCCACGCAGCCUUCACGAAGACGACGAUGACGAUGAUGACGACGACGAUGAGGAUGCAGGUGAAAUUGUGGAAGAUUCUAAAAAAGAUGGCGAGAAAAAAUCUAAAGAUGAUGAAAAAGAAGAUGAACAGGAACCAGAGCCCAUCAUAACAGAUUUACGUCAAAAACUCGAUAAGAAAAAAGCUUGCCAACAAAAAGUAGCUGAAAAAUUGGAAGAGGAGAAUGAAUCAGUAAGUGGCGGUAAUAAGAAUGGAAAUGUGGAAUCGGAUAUUGAUGAAUUGGUUAAGAAGCACGAUGAGGAUGCCCUAGAUUUUGAAGCUGAGGAAGGUGAAUGCCCUGAAGUGAGUAAAGAGGAGCAGGAUAAAAUUGAUCGCGAUGAAGCCAAAAAGAAGAAAGAAGAUGCUGACAAAUCGGAUGGCGAGGCCGAAGAAGGUGAAGAGCUUGAAGAAGGUGAGGUUUCAGAUGAAGAUGAAAAGCGUCCCGAAGAAACAGAACCCAAGCCGGUGUGUAGAUUCUAUACAAGAGGCCAGUGCACCUGGGGCAUGAGUUGUCGUUUCCUGCAUCCUGGUGUCACCGAUAAGGGCAAUUACACAAUGUUUGACAUGGUUCGUCCAGUGUCGGUUCCUUCGGGGGGAGGCAGACCGCCCAUAGGAGGAGCCUUUGCACAUGACAAUUAUCAUGACUAUCGCACUGAUAGGCCACCUCUGCAUCAUCGUGCUCCGCCAAUACAUCACCAUCCGGCUAUUCCGUUUGUUGCACACCACGACCCGAGAGCCAUUCCACCUGUGGUACCGCAGGAACCUCCCAUCGUUGAAAGUGCUUGGGAGCGUGGUCUGCGCACUGCCAAGGAAAUGAUGCGUAAAGCCAACAAGCGCAAGGAACAAGACAUGGACUUUGAGGACAAGAAAAUGAACUUGACGCUGUCGCCAGAUGAUGUUGAAAAAGACAACUAUUACAUCAAGGACAGAGCUACACCACCAGAAGUUGUUCCACAAUAUCCAAGGCAUCAAAAUUAUCAAGAACCACCCGGACUGUAUCCACCUCCAGAACGCUUUGCCCGAGGACCACCGCCACCAAUUUACGAUGAUUUGGAUCCUUAUGGACGCAGUGCUAGAUACAGAGAAUUGCCAGCUCAUAGGAUGCCUCAUUAUGAAGACGAGCGGAGAGUGCGUCCAGCACGUGAAGUCAUUGUACAAAGAGUCGAACCCCCUGCCCGAGGUGAUGAAUGGAAUGAUCCUUGGAUGCGUUCGAAGUCACCUGGUGGUCGUGCACUUUCGGAUCGUGAGAGGAGCGAUAAACGUCGCCGCGAUAGACGUAGCUACAGCAGCAAUUCAUCAUAUUCCAGUUCAACUAGUUCACAAUCAGAUUCAAGUUCUGAAUCGAGUCGAUCUCCAAGUCCCGAGAACAGACGUCGCUACAAUAGUAGUUCACACAAAAGUCCACCACCUAGACGACAUUUUCGAACUGGUGGUGGUCUAAGAUCGCCCAGUCCCAGGCGCCCUAGGCGUUCUCCAAGUAUUGUACGUUCGCCAGUUGCAAAGCGGCGUGGACAUUCUUCACCUUCUCCAAUUCCAGAAAAAAGAACAGCCUACAGCCCGACCAAUCGAAAGAGAAGAGCCUCCCCACCAUCCAAAAAAUCUGGAACCGAUAAAACAAAGAGAAAGCGUCAUGGUGGAUCGAGUACUUCUGGUUCAGGAUCUUCAGAAUCUAGUGGGUCUGGUUCGGAUACAUCGUCAUCGUCAUCUGAGAGCUCGUCACAGUCUAGAGGAACUACUCCCAUUAAGCGUAUGCGCACAACUGAUAAAAUAGCCAACGAACGUAAAGCUGUGAAAAAGAUUGAAACUGUUAAAAAACGAUCGCCAAUUUCAAUUGAAAUUAAGAAACAAGCUACGGUUGGAGCGUCAGCACUAACAUCACCUAGCAAUUCUAACUCAUCGGAUAAACCCGAAGUCAAAGACAUGAAGAAGAACAGACGUGAAGAGUUACUGAAGCAGCUAAGAGCUGUCGAAGACGCCAUUGCCAAGAAAAGAUCCAAAUUGACCUGAUAGACUUAAGUGGACAGCACACUACAAAUUAUUAAAACUCAUAUUUAAACAAAACAAAAUAUCAAUUUUCCAACAUUUGCACUUAUUGCAAUAUGGCAAAGAGAGGAAACUCCCGUUUUAUCAUCUCUAGCUCUAGCAUUGAUGAUGAAUGCUGGCACCUUCGUGAAUACAUUUUUUAUUAUUUUUCUUUUGUUUUAAGUUCAUUAUUCGAUAUAAAAUGUAUAUGCUAAGUAAACAGUUUUAAAUGGUCGUCUUUGUAUAUCAGCAAACAUCGAGAUAAUUUAAUGAAAGGUGGCGACACAAUUAAAAAUGAUAAUUUUAUUUCCCUAUCGAUGGGAAAUCAAAAAAAAAGGAAAAGAUAAAACAAUUUUAGGUAUUGUUUUAAUUUAAUUGAAUUUUAAUCAAACUACGGUUUUAUUAAUUUUCCUUGUUUUUGUAGAAAGCUUAAAAUUAAGAAUCAAUAUUUUUGUAACAUUAAAUGCAAAUGCAAAUGAUACUACUUCUCAACAAAAGAAUAACAAAACAAACAAAAAACUAUGACACUUAAUUUACACUCGGAUGGACAAAGACUUAUUUUUUUUUAUAAUCAAUGGCUGAUCAUCAUACUUUGUGAAAUAUUCUUACCAAUAGUACUUGUUAGUUGUGAAGUGUUUAAAAGAAUAAUAAACAUACAAGAUAUGAAUGUAAUUAAA